GAGCCGGUUUUCCAACGUGCUGGGCGGAGUGUGCGGCGAGCGGCUUCGCGGGCAGGCGCGGGCCCCGAGGCAGCGGCUGCGCCCUGCGCCGGGGCGGAGCCGGGGGCGGGCGGCCGGCAGGCGGGGGCUGGGGCCCGAGGCCGGGAGUGCCAGAGCACCGGCGGGGAAGACGGCAGCGUCGGCUCAGUAGGCUAGGUGCGUGGGUCCGCGGCGGCUCGGGGUCCGCCCGCGGGGUGUGGUGCGAGCGGGCGGCCCGGUUGCCCUUCUUCCCCGCCCGCCGCCGCCGCCGCCGCUGCUGUGAUUGGGUGGAAGAUGGCGCUGGGCGGAUGGAAAUCCUAAUGACAGUCUCCAAAUUCGCCUCCAUCUGUACCAUGGGCGCCAAUGCCUCGGCAUUAGAGAAAGAGAUUGGUCCAGAACAGUUUCCAGUCAACGAGCACUAUUUUGGAUUAGUCAAUUUUGGGAAUACCUGCUACUGCAAUUCAGUUCUUCAAGCACUUUAUUUUUGUCGUCCAUUUCGGGAAAAAGUUCUAGCAUACAAGAGUCAGCCUAGGAAGAAGGAGAACCUUCUUACGUGCUUAGCAGAUCUCUUCCACAGCAUAGCCACUCAGAAGAAAAAGGUUGGAGUAAUACCUCCUAAGAAGUUCAUCACGAGAUUACGGAAGGAAAAUGAGCUUUUUGAUAACUAUAUGCAACAAGAUGCCCAUGAAUUCUUAAAUUACCUACUAAAUACAAUUGCUGAUAUUUUACAAGAAGAAAGAAAACAGGAAAAACAAAAUGGUCGCUUACCUAACGGUAACAUUGAUAAUGAAAAUAACAACAGCACACCAGACCCAACGUGGGUUCAUGAGAUUUUUCAGGGAACAUUAACUAAUGAAACCAGAUGUCUUACUUGUGAAACUAUAAGCAGCAAAGAUGAAGAUUUUUUAGACCUUUCUGUUGACGUGGAACAAAACACAUCAAUUACUCACUGUUUAAGGGGUUUUAGCAACACAGAAACUCUGUGCAGUGAAUACAAAUAUUACUGUGAAGAGUGUCGCAGCAAACAGGAAGCACACAAACGGAUGAAAGUUAAAAAACUGCCCAUGAUUCUAGCUCUACAUCUGAAGAGAUUUAAAUAUAUGGAUCAGCUUCAUCGAUAUGCAAAACUUUCUUAUCGGGUAGUUUUUCCUUUAGAACUCCGCCUGUUUAACACUUCAGGUGAUGCAACCAACCCUGACCGAAUGUACGACCUUGUUGCUGUUGUGGUUCACUGUGGAAGUGGUCCCAAUCGAGGACAUUAUAUUGCAAUAGUUAAGAGUCAUGAUUUUUGGUUGUUGUUUGAUGAUGACAUUGUAGAAAAAAUAGAUGCACAAGCUAUUGAAGAAUUCUACGGGUUGACAUCAGAUAUUUCAAAGAACUCUGAAUCUGGUUACAUCCUUUUCUAUCAGUCUCGGGACUGAGGAGGACCAUGAUGAAGAGAUACUUUCUGCCUAAUUUCUUCUCAGGUUAUUUUGGAAAAGAUCAAGCACUGAAUUUUCAAGAAAAGAGAAAUGCAGGAAGCUCAGGGGGCAGUAGCAUACUUUGCACACAAUAAAGCAAAGACUAUGGAUUAACAAGCCCUUCCUAUCAUGGUGUUGAUUUAUUUGCUCAGGUAUCAUGCUGUCUGUGCAGUUCCAUACAACAAGGACAUGAAAUCAGAGAUAACAGCUCCUCUUGUAAAACAGCCUUCCAGAUAUUGACAUGCAUUUUCUCUUUAUAAAUUGCACCAAUAAUAAUUUGAAUUCCUUGGGGGUGCAGUAGGAAGAAUUGGAAUAUGUGCUGGCUUGUAUCGAUAAUGUAAAGAGAUGAUUUUGAACACACUGCACAGAUGCCCGGGGUUGGUAUGUGUAGAAGCAUAUUCAGUGUCUUUUUAAGCAUAAACCAGAAAUACUUUUGGGCCCAACACUUGCAGUUGCCUUCCUGACUUACAAACCUAACAGUAGAAUCCAGUGUCAGGAAGACAAAUAUGUUUUGCUUCUCUGAAGAAGCUUAUAAUAAUAUACAGUGUAUGUAUAUGUAGGGAACAAUUGGUCAGAAGUGGCUUUUUGUUUCCCCAAGGGGAAAGACUGGCUUUGUAAUUAUAAUUUUUUCCUUAUUUAUUUUACUUAAAACUGGUAGAGACUUAAUUAUUAUAUGAAGUGCCCAUGAUUCUGUCAGUAAAUUUUAGCCUAUUUUUUAUUAGUUUUGUCAGUUUAAAUACUCUUUUUGUUUGUUUCUGUUUUUAAGGGGAAUUUUAAAUUCUAUCUGAAAUCAGUAAGAGAGCUUGAGAAAAAUUGCAAUGAGAGGAGGUAAAUAUUCUUUUUCAGGAGGAACUGAUAUCUCUGGCUCAAUAUUUGUUCUUUUGUCAUAGUUUAUAAGUCAUUUAUUUUAUUCAGCUUUAAUUUCAGUAAAAUAAAAAUUUAAAAAUUCCCUAGAGUUGUUGGAAUGAUUAAAAGAAAUUCUGGUGCAGUGGUGAUGUACUGGUCUUUAGAAUUCUUAAAUAGUCUGAUGUUUCAAAUUGAGCCUUGCUCAAAAAUUCAUGUCAUCUAAGUUAUUUUCAAAUAUCUUGUUUUUUUAACUUUGGUUAAAAAGUAAUAUAUUCAUCAUAACCCUAGCAGCCUGGAUUGUGGCUGAAAACACCUUCUGAAGAUUACAUUUUGAUUAGAUAGGCCAGUAAUUUUUUAAAAAAAGAAAAAAGGCCAUUUUUCCCCCUGUGACUUUACAGAUUGAUUGGAAGAACGUUCAGAAAUUAAAAUUUAUAUUUUUCAUUUUGCUGGGGUUUUUAAGAAGUAAUAUGUGUGAAGUAAAAUGUACAUCAUUGCAGUUGGUAUUUUUCCAUGCAUCAGUAAGUUGUCUGACAGUGGCACAAUGUAACUUGCAGAGAAUAAUUGAAAAUUGCUUUCAAAAUAAUAGCAAUUAGGCAUUGGACGUUUCUUAUCAGAAGGAGUAAUUUUUUUAGUUUUCUAAAGUUAUUUUACUAAAACUGUUGACAAGAAAAAAAAGAUGUUUCUUGUGCUGCUAUUAACAUUUCUUAUCCAUAUCUUUUAGCUCAGGAAAUGACUUCACCUAUUUGUCCCAUAAACAGAUCGUUAACAGGGUUACUUAGCUUAUUGGGCUGCUUAGACAGAUGUGCUGAAAAUUACAAUAUUUGGUGUUUAUACUAAAUAUCAAAAAAUAUUUUGACAAAUUCAUUUUUAGGAUACAGCUUCUCUUACCCUAGCUGAAAUUGUUUUGUACAAAUUACACAUAGCCUGUCUGAUCUGCCAACAUUACACAGAGAAUCAACAACCAAGAACAUGGGGGAAGUCAGAGGAGUAGAAGAGCUUGUAUUUUGAGAGCUUAAACCGAAUUGUUGUGGAAUUUAAAGUUGUAUUUUUACAGGUUUCUGUAAAGAAAAAGGAUAUGGUGAAGCACAGUUAGUUUUAACAUCAGCUAGGCCACAGCAAGUAUAAAGAUAGAUGAAGUCAUUUGCAUAAAGGUACAACAUUGAAAUACUGUAUUGAGUUUUGUGCGUUUUCACAUUUAAAAAAUCCAUACAGGCAAAGCAAGUUAAAUUUCAUGUUACAGCAACUUCUAACAUUUGUAUUGAGUUCCAUGGUCGUCACAUACUUUGUUCACAUUUACACUGUAUUUCAUCAUGUGAUUUGUCAUAGGAGGGACUAUGACUGAUGGUUCUAAAUUUAUUUUUUACUCUUAGUGCAGCUGGAUAUAAGUAAAAUGUUCUGAAGCUUAUCAGAAGCUCAAUAUACUUUUAAAAUAUAUAGGGUUAGGGUUGGGGAGAUAAAAAUACAGGUAUAGUAAGUAAGAAAAGUGACCCAUCUAGAAAGCAUUGUGAGGUUGUGUGUGGGUUGGCUGUGAUUAAAAUAAGGAGCAGGUUAAAAUUGUAAAUGGGGCUGAUUUGCUAUAUAUCUAUGUACAUGUUUGUUGGGAUAGCUGUCCCAUAUUUUGUAUAUUGGAAUAAAGAUUUCUAUAAAUUAUCUUAACUAAAAGUAAAUACUCUAAAUUAAGUUCCACUUCUAAGUCACAUGGCUUCUGUCUUGGAAAUUUUAUGAACUACAGGAGCCAGAAGGCUUAGGAAAGGGGAGGGAAGAUGUUGUACUAUAUGGGUCUUGUGGCUUCUAACCAUCAAUAUAGGUUGUUUUCUUUCUCUGAUGGCAGUAGGAAGACCUCAUUCUCAUAAUAUACUACUCUUGAUGCUUUAUUUUAAAGAUACUUUUCAUUAAAGAUUCUCUCAUGAGGUGUUUGGCUGGGAGCUGGGAGGCUAAGGUGCUCAGGUCCUGGCUCUUCAGUGAACUUAACUGUGUGACCUUGGGCAAGUCACUUAACCUCUCUGUGCUUCAGUCUCCCUGUUUUGUAAAAUGGGAGUAAUACCUACCUCACAGGGUUGUUGUGGGGAUUAAUUAGAAAUAAUGUCUGUAAAGCAUUUAAGGUUCUUGAAGAAGGCGCUAUAUAAAUACAAAAUAAUAUCUAUUAAAAUUGGUUUAUUUGUG